AUGGGCGGUGGAAAUCGAGCUCCUGGUGGACAAACAACUGUUUACUAUCAUCAACCAACGCAGGAAAUUCCACCCGGUUAUGGUCCAUAUGCUCAACCUCAACAACAGUUCUAUCCGGGACAACCUGUACCUCAGCCGUAUUAUCAUCCUCAACAACAAGGUGGCCCUUAUUCACAACCUCCAGGAUUUCCUCAGCAACCAGGCUACUAUCCACAAGGUGGCUAUCCUAACCAGAUGCCUCCCUACAAAUGA